UCCGUGAGCUCCUCUGUGGUUCCUCUGCUGUGAGUUCUGAUGUUCACUCACUCUCUGACGGCUGUGGAGUGUCUGAACCUGAGGAGUGAUGAAUUCUCCACCGAGCCCGUCUCCCACCCGCUGGUUUAAAGCCUUACGGAGGACCAGGACCGGAGAGCCGUGUCAGAAGUCAGGUCCAUCAGCAUGUUCCGAAGUCCUGAAGAGAGCCAGAGCUGCUUUCCAUGCUGGCCGCAUGGCUCCAGAGAGCUUCAGGCUGGCCCAGCUGGAGGCUCUAGUGAGGAUGCUGAUGGAGCAUGAGUGCGACUUUGUGGAUGCUCUCGACCGCGACCUCAAAAAGCCUCGCUUUGAGACUGUAAUGUCGGAGCUGAUGGUGGUGAAAAAUGAAGCGCUUCAUGCAGCCAGCAACCUGAAAAAGUGGAUGGAGCCCCAACGCAUGGAGCGCAGCUGGGCCACAGCGUUUGAUGACUGCAUGGUAGUCAGCGAGCCACUAGGAGUAGUGCUAAUUGUAGGAAACUGGACGAGUCCUGUGCAGCUCUGCCUUGUGCCAUUAGUGGGGGCUAUUGCAGCAGGAAACUGUGUGAUAAUCUGCCCAUCAGAAAGCUGCUCUCAUACUGCUGAGCUUCUGCACCGACUCCUGCCUGCUUACCUGGAUAAUGAAUGUUACCACUCUGUUUUAGCUGCAGGCCAUGAGGUUCCUGAGAUUGUGGAUCUAAAAUUUGAUCACGUUUUCUUCUCAGGCACGAGGGAAGAUGGGCUCAAAGUGGCCCAGGCGGCAGCGCGCACUCUCGCCCGCACCACGCUGGUCUUGAGUGGGAAGAACCCCUGCUAUGUGGACCGUCAGUGUGACAUCAACACCACGGCCCGCCGCAUCUCCUGGGCACGCUUCCAGAAUGCCGGCCAGAGCGCUGUGGCCCCGGACUAUGUCCUUUGCCACGCAGAUGCCCGUGAGAGCCUCGUGCAGGCCCUGCGCUGUGCCCUGCAGCAGUUCUACGGCUCUGAGCCACGCGAAUCCAAGAGCUUCGGGCGACAAGUGAACGAGGAGAACUUCAGCAGGGUCAGGGAAGCCCUCUGGAGGUCCGGGAAGGUGGCAGUGGGUGGGCAGGUGAACGAGGCAGAGAAAUAUAUAGCCCCCACAGUUCUGGUGGAUGUGGUAGAGUCCGACCCCAUCAUGCAGCAGGCCGUGUUUGGCCCUGUCCUGCCCAUCCUGAGUGUCCAGAGCGCAGAUGAGGCCGUAGCCUUCAUCAACAGCAGGGAGAAGCCGCUCUGUGUUUAUGUCUAUUCCAGCAACAGCAAGGUGAUCUCUAAGCUAAUGGCUGAGACGUGCAGUGGUAGUUUCUGCUCUAACGACAGCGCCCUGCAGAGCGUGAUGGUGGGGCUGCCUUUUGGAGGAGUGGGUGCCAGUGGGCUGGGCUCGUACCACGGCCGCUACAGCUUUGACGCUUUCUCUCACAAGAAGUCAUGUCUGCUGAGGAGCACGCGCAUUGAGUGUGUGACGUACCUGCGCUACCCGCCGUACGAGGACCGGAACCUGUCCCUGGCUACACUGGCCAGCUCGCUGAGUCUGAGGAGUCAGGGCUGGUGCUCCAUACUAUGAGAGGGGAACUGUAUGGAGCACAAAGACAGAAAGGGUGGUCUUCUU